AUGCAGAGCGCAGGGUUUAACCCCACAGAGCUGCCUGAGCUGCUCAAGCUGUAUUACCGGAGGCUCUUCCCCUUCUCCCAAUACUAUCGCUGGUUCAACUAUGGCGGAGUGGUGAAGAAUUAUUUUCAGCACUGGGAGUUUUCAUUCACUCUGAAAGAUGAUAUAUACAUCCGCUACCAGUCUUUCAACAACCAAAGUGAAAUGGAAAAGGAGAUACAGAAGGUAAAUCCCUACAAAAUUGAUAUCGGAGCAGUAUAUUCGCACAGACCCAUCCAGCACAGUACGGUGAAACUGGGGGCUUUUCAGACGCAGGAGAAAGAGCUGGUGUUUGACAUCGACAUGACAGACUAUGACGACGUGAGGAGGUGCUGUAGUUCUGCAGAUAUCUGUUCCAAAUGCUGGACCCUCAUGAUGAUGGCCGUCCGCAUCCUAGACAGAGCCCUGAAAGAGGACUUUGGAUUUAGACAUUGCCUCUGGGUAUACUCGGGAAGGAGAGGUGUUCACUGUUGGGUCUGCGAUGAAGCCAUCAGGAAACUUUCGUCAGCCGUCCGCUCUCGGAUAGUAGAAUAUCUGAGUCUUGUGAAGGGAGGAGAAGACAUGAAAAAGAAGGUUCAUCUCGGUACAAAGAUUCACCCUUUUGUCAGAAAAUCAGACAUAGUAGAAAAAUAUUUUGAAGAAUAUGCCCUGGCUGGUCAAGAUAUUCUUGAAAACAAAGAGAACUGGGAUAAGAUUUUAACUCUUAUUCCUGAAUCCCUUCAUGCUGAUCUUCAGCUAGGAUUCCAAAAGUGUCACAAUUCAGUCCAGUGCUGGGAAUAUUUGAAGAAAAUAGUGAGCAAAAAUCGGCCUGUCAGAAAGGAGAAAUUUGGAGCCUUCGUAGAGUAUGAGAUCAUGCUGCAAUACUGUUUUCCUCGCCUGGAUAUUAAUGUUAGCAAAGGAAUCAAUCAUUUACUGAAGAGUCCAUUCAGUGUUCAUCCUAAAACAGGUCGUAUUUCUGUUCCUAUUGAUUUGCAGAAAGUGGAUCAGUUUGACCCUUUUGCUGUUCCUACCAUAAGCCAGAUCUGCCAUGAAUUAGAUCCGGCGUCCACUAACAAAGAGGAAGGGAACAAGGAGAACGAAGCCGAGGCCAAAGUCAAGCAUCGCACGAGAGAUUAUAAGAAGACCAGUCUAGCUCCCUAUGUGAGAAGUUUUGAACAAUUUUUGGAAGAAGUGGAUAAGUUCAGAAAAGGAGAACUUCUGAGGAAGAGUGAUACACAGAGAGAUUUCUGAAGACAACGGCUCCCUCUAUACCCACAUGGAUUCCUCUGACCUCCAACAUCCAACCGUGUAAUAAUAUACUG